GCUGCCUCUUUUGCAGGCACCACCUGCUCAGCACCCUCCUAAUCUCCCUCUAUUUAACCUUCUGAUGUUCAAACUGCAGUAAUAAACCACACUGUCCAUUGUGCUUCCCAGAUAAGAAUAUCCUGCCUCCAAUCAGGAACACCGACCAGUCUCCAAUGAAAAGCCGGCUUACAUCCUGAUUCCCGGGACCUGCUUCCCAUCUCAAGGUUUCCUUGGCUGGAAAUCAGUCAUGUAAGAAGCUUGGGCUUUUUUCUCUUCCCUUUUUUUUUGCAUUCCAACGGGCUGUGUGUAUUCGCACAGAUGAAUGCAGAGAAGAUGCCAAUUGCACCAAAUGACAGACCAGAAAUGAGAAAAAGGGGGCAGAACAAGUCAAAUCAAUAGGAAACUAAAUUCCCAUCCUUUUUUUUCCUUCCCCAAGUAACCUGGCAACACAUAAUCAGCAAUUCUAGCCUAUUCUCCUGUUCUGCAGCUUUGCCACCUCUUGCCGCUGCAGGCGAAGCCAAAGUGCCCAGGCUGCAUCUACAGAUGGACAUCAAAUGGUACCCGUCUCAGCAUCCCCAGGGCUAAACACUAAAGUUCAUCAGCCCUGAGUGUUUUUAUACCUUUCAUCUUGCUGGGAUGUCAUUUGCUUGGAUUUCAUGUUGGAUUACCCCCGGGUGGCUGGGAUUGAUUUCAGCAGAGGCUGCUUCUUGCAUGGUGUGACAACUAGACACCUACUAAGGACAUGAGAAGAUUUAUCUAUUGCAAAGUGGUUCUGGCCACGUCUUUGGUCUGGGUGCUCUUGGAUGUCUUUUUACUCCUUUACUUCAGCGAAUGUAACAAAUGUGACGACAGGAAAGACAGAUCACUGCUGCCUGCUCUGAGAGCUGUCAUUUCAAGAAGUCCCGAAGGACCAGGGGAACUUGGGAAAGCUGUCAUCAUUCCAAAAGAUGAUCAAGAGAAAAUGAAGGAGUUAUUUAAAAUCAAUCAGUUCAACCUGAUGGCCAGUGAUCUCAUUGCUUUAAACCGAAGUCUUCCUGAUGUGAGGUUGGAAGGAUGUAAAACGAAGGUUUAUCCAGAUGAAAUUCCUAAUACAAGCAUUGUGAUCGUGUUCCACAAUGAAGCCUGGAGCACAUUGCUGAGAACUGUUCACAGUGUCAUUAACCGAUCGCCACAUCGCCUUUUAUCCGAAAUAAUCCUGGUGGAUGAUGCAAGUGAAAGAGAUUUCCUAAAAACCCCCUUGGAAAACUAUGUCAAACAUUUGGAAGUACCAGUAAAAAUUCUUCGGAUGGAGCAGAGAUCAGGACUGAUCCGGGCACGCCUUAGGGGGGCAAACGUCGCCAGGGGCCAAAUUAUCACUUUCCUAGAUGCUCAUUGCGAAUGUACAGUUGGCUGGCUAGAACCGCUAAUGGCAAGAAUCAAAGAAGAUCGUAAAACGGUUGUUUGUCCCAUAAUCGACGUCAUAAGUGAUGACACCUUUGAGUAUAUGGCUGGAUCCGACAUGACUUAUGGUGGAUUUAACUGGAAGCUGAAUUUCCGCUGGUAUCCUGUUCCACAGAGAGAAAUGGACAGAAGGAAAGGAGACAGAACUUUGCCAGUAAGGACACCUACCAUGGCAGGAGGCCUUUUCUCAAUUGACAAAAAUUACUUUGAAGAGCUUGGAACCUACGAUUCCGGAAUGGAUAUUUGGGGAGGAGAGAAUCUGGAAAUGUCUUUUAGGAUCUGGCAGUGUGGCGGAUCACUUGAAAUUGUGACUUGUUCCCAUGUUGGCCACGUGUUUCGAAAAGCAACGCCCUACACCUUCCCUGGCGGAACAGGUCACGUAAUUAACAAAAACAACAGAAGACUAGCGGAAGUCUGGAUGGAUGAUUUUAAAGACUUUUUCUAUAUCAUUUCUCCAGGUGUCGUCAAGGUAGAUUACGGGGAUGUAUCGGAGAGGAAAGCCCUCAGAGAGAAUCUGAAGUGUAAUCCAUUUUCUUGGUAUCUGGAAACAGUGUAUCCUGAUUCCCAGAUUCCUAGGCGAUAUUUUUCUCUUGGUGAGAUACGAAAUGUAGAAACAAACCAGUGCCUGGAUAACAUGGGUCGUAAAGAAAAUGAAAAAGUGGGAAUUUUCAACUGUCACAGCAUGGGAGGAAAUCAGGUUUUUUCAUAUACAGCUGAUAAAGAGAUCCGUACUGAUGACCUGUGUCUGGAUGUAUCUCGACUAAAUGGUCCAGUCAUCAUGUUGAAGUGUCACCACAUGAGGGGCAAUCAGCUCUGGGAAUAUGAUGCAGAGCAUUUAAUACUGAGACAUAUCAACAGCAACCAAUGUCUGGAUGAGCCAACUGAUGAUGAUAAAAUGGUUCCUACCAUCAAGGAGUGCAAUGGAAGCCAAUCACAACAAUGGCUGCUGCGUAACAUGACCUUGGGUGCCUAAUGCUGUCAGAGCAUAAUCUAGUUGUCCCCAAUCAUUUGCAAUGCUGAAGGACCUCAAUUAUCAGCUUUUUGAACACUUGAAGGGGUAUAGCACUUCCUUCCCUCUCCACGGUGUCAAAUAAUUGUGAGCCUCUUUAAACUCCAACUGUGAAGAUAAAAAUAGGACGUUUUCUAUUUUUUCCCCUAAACAAUACAUGGCUGUACAUGUCCAUAAGAAACAAGUGUCUGUCUUGCAGAAAGCACAUUUGGAAGCUGUAAAUACCAUUACAUGUCUGAAAAAAGAAAUAGCAGCAUAAAAAUAUAUUUGACAAAUGACUUACAAAAAAACCCAGAAUAUGUUGUAAUAAACUUAAAAUGUAUUAUGUA